AUGAGCAAGACCCCAAAAAGCUUCGUGGCCUACGGCUGCACACCCUUCUUUCAAGGCCCUGUUCAUCUGCGGCCCCUCAGUGGGGUCAUCCCGACCUACCCUGGCUGGGUGUCUCCUGCCACCUCCAACUUCAACACCUUGAACUUCCCCAUGACCCUCCUGCUCAUCAGUGGUGUUUGGCCAUGCAUUUGCACUAUUGCCUCCACCGUCCCACUGAACCCUCAUGAGGAGCCAGACGUCCUAGGUUCAAGUCUCAGCCCUCUCGCCAAUGAGCUGUGUGACCUGGGCAAGCUGUGGGCCUCAGUUUCUCAUCAAAGUAGAGGGCGGCGUCGCGCGCUCCCCCCGGGGUGCCAUGGCCUCCUGCACCGGCUGCGACACGCCCUGACCGGCGACGGCCCCGGGGAGGCGGCGGCCGGCCCCGACGCUGAGCAGUUCCCGGAGAGCUCGGAACUGGAGGACGACGAUGCCGAGGGCCUGUCGUCCCGCCUCAGCGGCACCCUGAGCUUCACCAGCGCCGAGGACGACGACGAGGAGGACGGCGAGGACGACGACGACGGUGACCCCGACCCGCUGUCCGCUGGCGACCGGGUGGCGGGAGAAGACGCAGGCCCAUCCUGUGCUCAAGCAGAAAGGAGUCCCCCACCUGAUGGGCAGCGGGGCAGUCAGCUCCUGACCCGGCAGUUGCAAGAUUUCUGGAAGAAGUCCAGGAACACCCUGGUACCCCAGCGGCUGCUCUUUGAGGUGACCAACGCCACCGUGGUUAAGGACCCGCCCUCCAAGUACGUGGUCUCUUCAUUCUCUCUGGAGGAGCAUGCCCAGGGGAGCUGCUGGCUCAUAAAGGACUUGAGAACAGAACUGGAGCCCACCCACACCCUGAAGAAAAGCCAUCUCACCUGCCGUGAUCAAGAAAAGACAUGUUUGCUAUUGUAACCCAUUGAAAUUUCCAGAUGACUAACCACAUAGCAAAAAACUGACUAAUACAGUUACGCAAACUGAUUCGAUCAUAGAAAACACCUGCUGGCAUCUCUCAGCACUGCAUGUCCCUUAGAACCUGCUGCUCCAGGAAGGGUAGACUGUUCUUCUUGUGAUCAGAAUGUCUCAAAGCAAGAAAUAAAGGGGCCAAAUUAACGUCAGACAACAGUCCUUCACCCACCCAAGGACCACAGAACCCCCUGUUAGCUCUGAGCAUCUGUGUUGGGGGGUCACAUGUUGAGGGCUCCACCCAUCCUCAGCGUCCACUUUGCCCUCCUCCUGGACUGCUGACCCCCGCAGGCCAUCAGUGAGGCCUCCCAACUCUGCCACCAGUGCUGAUGUCUCCAGGAGUCCGAGCCUCUGGGUCUCUCCCUGCUCCAACAGGCAGUGACCCUGGAAGGCCUAGGAGGUACUGGGCAGAUGGCCUGCCCUGGAGAGAAUGCCCCAUCUCUUGUCUGGAUGCUACCUGGGCCCCUGAGUCACACUACUUGGGAGCUGAGGUUCACACAACGUGUCAUAAAUAUAACCAAGCUCUGGCCUUCACUCGUCUCCCCAUGGAACUGGAAACCUGCCCCUGCAGCCGGGAAAAGAAAAGAACACGAUGCAGGCAGCCAUCCCUCCCUCCCCCCAUCCACCAUCAUCACUUCCCUCUUUACCUGCAGGCACUUGCCUCCAGAAAUAAAUUCUUCUCUUUUAAUCUAAUGUAUUUGAAUAAUGAAAAAAGAUACUUAUGGAAGGAAUGAUUCCUAAGUUUACUUGCCAGGAGAAUCUGGGCCCCAGGUCCUAUUCAUCCAAAACACCUAUGCCCAUUUAACAGAUGAAGAAACUGAGGCCCAGGGAGGCAACACAAGUUGCCCAAGGUAUGCACAGCUGCUGAAAGGUAAUGAUGGGAAUGAGCCUAUAGUCCUAUGCUUCCAAAGAUCUUUUACAUGUAGAAGGUUCAGGAGAGUGAGGCCGAAGGUGGGGGUGGGGGCAGAGGUCAAUGAGUCAUGGGCAAUUUGAAUUUCUGCUUAUCUUUAAAAUUUUUAUGACUCCACUGCAUAUCUAUCUUGAUUUUAAUAAAACAUUUCAUAUUUGCCAUGGAAGGUAUCACAAGGUUUUAUCUGUUUAUUAACGUCCCUCUGUCAUGAGGCAGAUCCAUAGGGGUUAGCCUGCCCUGGAUUGAGAAUUCCAGAAGUACACACUCUGAAAGACUGACGCUGAGAAGGAGCGACAGAGGAUGAGAUGGGUGGAUAGCACCAUCGACUCAGUGGAAUGAGUUUGAGCCAACUCUGGGAG